UUACUUUGAAUACAUUCUCCAGCGAUUGCUUAUUUUACGUACGCACACGUUGCAAGGUUUUUGUUUCUGCACAUCCAUUCAUACAAGUAACUCGAGUGCUAAGAUCAGAUAUCAUAUAUUAUGUAAUACUAUAUUUUGAGUUUUGUCACAUUUGACGACGACACUAUUGCCAACAUAAUAUUUGCAAGGAUUUUUCAAGGUUAUUUUCUGCAAGGGUUUUUUUUUAUUCUUUCAAACUUACAGUCGCAUUAUUUCUUUGUAGUUAAAAUGUAGUAUAUAUAAAAACACAUCUAAUAACACAUCACAUUACAAUGAUUCUGGAGUAGAAGAGUACGCGUUGAAAAGGAUGAAGAGAUGCAAGAUUCAUUCAAAGCUCGAUUUUCCACUGAACUACUCGUCAGUCUCCCACGCUCCGUCUGCCAAUCAUCACCGCUUUGUUGUCAUCAGACCAACCAAUUUUCGCCCAGCUCUGCAACAACCCGCACUGCAUGGUGAGACUGGUGGAUCCUUUUUUGAAGGAAGCGAGCACUUAUCAUCAUUACACAAUACGAGCUCCACAGCAGCGUCAACGCGUCACAAAAUCAUGAAAGUGUUGUAGUUAGUAACCAACGAACCACGAGUAAAUAGUUUUGUUAGCGUCGUCGUGUCGUAAUUUUAGUGCUAAAAAUACAAUGUCGUGGCGGACCUUGUGCGUCCUGUCCCUGCUGUCGUCCCUGGUGGGGACUGAAAUGUUGAUAACAAGCAGCAGUGUAAGCCCGAGUGAGGUGGAUGGUCUCAUAUGGAGGUAUCUGCUGGACAAGUAUUCCACGUCGGGAGACUCCCUCUCACCAACCGAUGUGGCCACCAUGGUCAAGUCCAUGAGCAAAUGUCCCGAGACAGUGGACGAACCGAGUAGCAAAAAACCAUUGACCACGAAUAAGACCUCAUCGAUGAGAUGUAAUGGAAUCCCACUUUUGAAUUCGAAUUCCUCGUCUCAAACCACAUUCGCCAACUUAUCCAGCCUCAUGGUCAUUUCGCACAAGCUCCUCUUCUUCGCGGAUAAUCCUGCAUGUUGUGAUUCCGAUAAAUUAGCAGUGUCCCCUCAACAAAGUGGUGGUGAUGAUCGUCUCGAGGGCAGUAAUUUUAUUGAGGUGACUGAUGCAAAAAGUACUCGAAAAGAGAAACCCACGUCUGGAGAAGUUUGGGGGUACGGGAUUUUAUGUGUGACCUUAAUCAGCAUGUGUUCUUUGGCUGGAGUAAGCGUGAUGCCUUUCAUGAAGAAAGAGUUUUAUAAAAACCUUCUAACCGCUUUGGUUGGGCUUGCCGUUGGCUCUUUGACCGGAAGUGCCGUGUUUCACCUCAUUCCUCAGGCCUUUGAUCUAAGUGCAAAUGAUCCUUCGCAUGAAUAUUUAUUCAUUGCGUUGAUGGUCUGCGGUGGAAUCUGGAUGUUCUUCAUGUUGGAGAGGAUUCUCAAGUUCAUCAUGGACUAUAAAGAUAGAAAGGACAGGACGAUGAAUCGUGAAAAGAUUCCAAGCGUGGUGUCCUCCACUUCGCCAGAGAACAAUAGUGCCAUAUCAAUGCUGGUUGAGAAUGGGAAUUGUAUCAAAAUCUCAGACUUGGCUAAUCUCAGCAACGGCAGCAUGGGGUGCAAUAGUCCAAUCAGUGAGCCAGAAGUCGUUUACGAAUGUCAAGAGCAAGCUAUUAAAGCUUCCUUCGGUCAUCAAGAGAGACCCAGACUUACCAGUUUCCACGACCAUUCGCUAAAGUUUGAGCAGGGGAAAGACAGCGUGAUUGCCACUGUAGCGUACAUGAUCAUCUUUGGCGAUGGCCUGCACAACUUCAUUGAUGGUCUAUCAAUUGGAGCUGCCUUUAACGAAAGCAUUCUUACAGGUGUUAGCAUCAGCAUGGCGGUAUUUUGUGAAGAACUGCCUCACGAGUUGGGCGAUUUUGCUGUUCUUCUCAAUGCCGGGAUGUCAAUUCGUCAAGCUUUAACGUACAACUUUCUCUCCGCGUGCACCUGCUACAUUGGAAUGGCGGUGGGGAUCUUGCUGGGGGAGAUUGAAGCCAGCACCUACAUUUUUGCGUUGGCUGGGGGAAUGUUCCUCUACAUUGCUCUCGUGGACAUGGUUCCCGAGAUGAACGAAAUUGCGGAGGAAACGAGCAAGGUUUCCGUCAAGAAGGGAAUGUGGAUCUUGUUUCUGCAAAACAUUGGACUGUUUGCUGGCAUCACAGCUUUAUUUAUUCUUGCCAAAUAUCAAGAUCAUAUUCACUUUUAAUCCUAUACAUACGACUCUCAGUCAUGUGAUUAUCGCUUGUAAAUUAGAAUUAAAGGGAGUUGUAUUUAUAAAAUAUUAUUACAUUUAAACAUGCAUGCGUGCAUUUAAAACUAUUUAAAAACUGUUAACAAGAUUUGCAAUCUUGUGCGUAAUCAAAUAAGCGGAUAGAAAAAUACGACAAAAAAGAGAACGCUCACUACUACUUUACGUAUACUUAAAAUGUCCUCAUAUCAUCAUUAUGUAUGAGCAAAGCCUACGAACACGACGUGCAAUUACAUAGAAUUAAAUUCUAACACUAAAAUACGUAAUUGUAGUUGUAGUAGUAAAAUGUCCACGUGGUGUAAAUGGAAUUUAUCAAACAAAAAGCAAUACCCAGCGGUCUUAUGCGUGCAAGUGUGUGGUACAGUUGAUGAUCUCGUCUCGCUAAAUACUGCAAUUGGUGAUUUAUGAUUUUGUAAAUCUGCAACAUGAUGAUGAUGAUGACUCUGCGUAGUAUGUACCUAAUCUCGUCUGGGUCUGGUAAUUAUUGUGCAAUUAUAAUAUUGUCGUCAGCACAUUGUUCGGGUCAGGAAAUUUACAAAUUUGCACAAUCAACAAUGUUACGAGACUUACACAAAAUAAUUAUAUUUGAAACUGAAAUUGUUCAUGGUCCACUUUUAUGGUCGUCGUCAAAGUUUAUAAAAAAAUGUAAAGAACUGAUUUGAUAUUAUCAUGACAUAUUCUUAUAUUAUAUCCGACAAUUCAUUGUCUUUGCCUUUCCUCCAAUGUAUCUAGUUAUGUAGUUUUAGUAUAGUCUUAGCUGUAGCGAAAUGGACCAACUUUAUUUAAACCAUUUAUUCUUCGUAUUAGUCUAAUUAAAUACUUAUUAUUCUUAUUAUUAGCCUAGUUUAGAGUUUAUACUGAUCAUGAGACGCGUGGUGUCUGCGUGUUAUUAGUACAAUUAAAAGUUUUGAUGAUGAUGGAAACAA